AUGCUUUUCUUUCUUUUUCUCUCCCCUGCUUCUGCCUUCUCCAUCUUUCACGUUCUCUCUCUCUCUCUCUCUCUCUCUCUCUCUCUCUCUCUCUCUCUCUCUCUCUCUCUCUCUAUUUCUCGGCCUAUGCGUUUCUCUUUUGUUCUCUCUCGCUUUCUUUAUCUUGCUCUGUAUUUUUCUUUCUUUUUCUCUCCACUGUUUCUCAAUUACCUUCUCCAUCUUUCUCAUUCUCUCUUUCUCAUACUGUCUCUCUCUCUCUCUUUUUUCUCUCUCUUUUCUCUCUCUCUCUCACUUUUCUGUCUCUUUCUAUUUCUCGUCAUAUUUGUUUUUCUCUUUACAUCUUUUUUUUCACGUUAUCCCCUGUUUUACUGCCUCCUCUCUUCGAUUUCCAUGCAUGCGAGUCCAGGUAUGCUUCAGUCAUUUCCCUCAGAAUUCUCCCUUACCCGGCCAUUUCACGCACUGUCGCACUGUCGUUCCCAACAAUAUCAACGCCAUCCAGCCCCAAACCGCCCUCACCGUCUUGGACCAUCAAACAUCUCCACAGAAAGAUAA